CCAAGGCCAACAAACUGGGCAGGCACGAUUAUCGUAUCGGCUCAUUGACGCCCAUACUAGGCCCAGACAAAUAUUGGCGGGCAAUUUGGUUUGGAGGAGGAAAUCAAGAUCAUCCUUGAAAUGCUGAAAAACCCUAACUACUCAUCGUGGUUAGGAUUUUCGUUCCUUGCUCACUCGGAUUUUAGUUUCAGCUCAAACGGUGUUUCUCAUUUGCUUGGUGUGCAUGAUGGAACAACCUCAGCCAUGUUGCAGGGGAGCUGAAGUGUUAUUAAAUCUCCAACCCACCUCUUCAGUUUGUAUUCAAUAUCACCGGCUCUUUGGUCCUCAUGAUGAUUUGGUUCUCCUUGAGCUUGAUGAGAAACUUCUCCCAGAUGUCCUGUACCGGAGGGUAACCUUAAGAGGACAGCCUGAUGAAGAUGCAGUUCUUUGCACUAAGUCAAAAACCUACUCAGUUAAGUUUGUGGGAACCUCAAAUUCUGUGUUCCUGGUACCACAUGCAGAUUAUUCAACAUUGUGCAAAAAUUCACAAGAUUGUGAUGGGGAAGAUUACAAGCAACAAGUUGGUGCGUCAGUCAUCAAAGUUGCACCUGGUAACAUGGAGCUUGUUGAGGUUGCUCCCAGACUUGACAAGCUCAAAUCAAUUAUCUCUGAGAAUCUUUACAGCUCUGAUGAGGCGUUAGCGAUGGAGGAUUUGGAAUUUAUGGAGAGAAGUAUGAGAAGAUUGUAUACAUGGGAUGAUCUUACUAACAUGGUUCAGGCUAGUGAUGAUGAAUUGAGGACUGGAUUAAAGGCUCUUUCAGCUGUGGAGAUUGAUGGGUAUUGGAGAAUUGUGGAUCAGAAAUACAUGGACAUGAUUCUGAGGAUGCUUUUGCACAAUUCUGUGUUGAAUGACUGGUCACUGAACACACUUAUUGAAGAUGAAGUUGUGAGUGUACUGGAAUCAGAUGGGUUUCCACGCAAACUUGCCUACCAUUGUUUGCAUGUCUAUGGUAAUAGGGUGGAAGAGGUAAUGGAUAGAGGUGUGUGGAGGAUGGAUGCAAGAAGAGUAUGUGUGCAUUUUGCAAGGGAGAUCUUGGGGCAAGGGAAGAGGAAGAUGGAGAGUUUCAUGGAGGAGUGGACACGGAAGCUUCCAGAAGAGAUGCAGGCCAGUUUUGAAAUGUUGGAAGGCGAAGUGUUGACCGAGAAGCUUGGUGUAGAGACAUGGGUUCAUGCCUUCAGUGUUUCUUCGUUGCCCUUUACUCCUGCAGAACGUUUUUCCGUCCUCUUCAAAGAACGACCAAAAUGGGAGUGGAAGGAUUUAGAGCCCUAUAUCAGGGAUCUAAAUGUACCGGGUCUUUCCUCAGAAGCUUUGCUUUUGAAGUACACUAGAAGAACUCAGCCAACCAUUGAUGCAGAACCUGUUUUUAAUGCUAGAUAGCACAAAUAUGUUGCUUCAGUACCCUCGAAUAUCUCAACCAACCAUUGAUGCAGCAUCUGUUUCUAGUGGUAGAUAAUACAAAUAUGUAGCCUUGCCAUUCGAAGGUGCCAUUACUGCCCUUUCGUGCAAACUAUGUAAAACGAAUUAUAUUAGAAUUGAACUUCCUAUUCAUUUUUACUUAUUGUUUUGAUCAAGCACUCCACCGUGGUGCUAGAUUCCUGUACCUAGCUUCCUCAUUGAGAGAAGUUCAUUCUAUCCAAGCUUCUUAGGUAUAUA